AUGGGGGGCCACGGGCGGAGCCCUGCCGCUAACUGCACGUUUGUGCAGGACUUCGUGCUGCUGGGGAUCACCGACGUGCGCGGGCUCCAGCUCCUUCUCUUCAUGGUGCUCCUUGUCACUUACUUGCUGACCCUUCUGGGGAACCUACUUAUCGUCAUCCUGACCUUGGCUGACCGCCGCCUGCACACGCCCAUGUACUAUUUCCUGCGCCACUUCUCGCUGCUGGAGAUGGGGUUUACGUCAACAGUCACCCCUCAGAUGCUGGUCCACCUCCUCACCGCGGACAAGGCCAUCUCCCGCGCCCGGUGCUUCACGCAAACGGGGCUCUACUUCAUCCUGGGCACGGUGGAGACCCUGCUGCUGGCGGUGAUGUCCGCUGACCGCUACCUGGCCAUUUGCAGGCCCCUGCGCUACGCUGCCAUCAUGACGCCUCGCGCGCGCGAGACCCUGGUUUUGGGGUGCUGGGGCGUCAGCCUCCUGGGGCUCACCGGGUUGUGUGUCUGGAUGUUUUCGCUCCCCUUCUGCGGUCCCCAUGUCCUCAAUCACUUCUUCUGCGACAGCACCCCUUUGCUAGAGCUAGUGUGCGCUGACACCAGGCUCCUGCAGCUGGUAUCCUUCCUGAUGGCCAUGUGCACUCUGGUCAGCGCAGUGUUGGUCACCGCCCUGUCCUACGGCUGCAUCGUGCACACGGUCCUACACCUUCCAGAGGCUGGGGGCCGCUGCAAGGCCUUCUCCACCUGCUCCUCGCACAUCUUGGUGGUCUCGCUCAGCUACGGGAGCUGCAUCAUCAUGUACCUAAACCCCACGCAGACAGGACGCCUGGACCUCAACAAAGGGAUCGCUUUCUUCAACACCAUGGUGUCGCCCCUGCUGAAUCCCUUCAUCUACUGCCUCCGGAAUGAGCUGGUGCAGAAAGCCAGCAGGGACUUGCUGAUGAAGGGAAGAGGGCUGUCUGAGAAGGUAUUCAGGGUGUGA